UUCGGGGCAUUGUUGAAUAAGGGGAGAACGUGAAGUGAACAGUUUGUUCAGAUUUUUUUAAUAGCGUUUUGGGGGCUGUUUAUGUUGUUUUGCAUAAAUAACCAAGGCAUUCAAUACAAGGCUUGUCGAUCAACUGCAAAGAAAUAGUGGCCAUAUGUAUCUGUAGACACACUCGUAUCAAAACAGUUGGCCAAACUGCGCUAGCGAAGCUAACAGUUCCUUAUAUUGUAAAGAGGCACACAAAGGAACUGCAAUCGAUUGAUUCGGAAGACUGACGUUAAUAGGGAUUCUCUGUAUGGUCGAGUGUGAUAUUGGCUUUAAUCUCUAAAUAUUUCGCAAUACAUGCAAUCUUAACUGUUUUGGUGUAACUUUCAGUAAGUGGAACGAUUUUUGUGUUAACAUCAACGUCUUAGAUUCGACUCUCGAUUCAUUCAAGUAAUAGUAUUUGGUGUCUUUGGCAAAGUGCGUAAUUGAGGAAAUAUUUCACGAUAAUUGCACCUUUGGUAAGAAUGAAGCUAUAAUUAUGGCUGUAAUUGUGAAAACAAGGAUCCUUAUUAGAGGCUUGUAUCCUGAGCGGAAAGGAGAUAGCUAACUGCGAGCUAGCUAACAUAGCGAAGUCCACGCUCGUUUAGUGCUAUCUGUUAUGGUCAAGGAUAGUUUGCAUUGACCGCUUUCGUUCAUUGUCGCUGGUUUAAUGGUGCCAGGUUUGACUGUUACAGAUCAUAUCAGCAGCUGACACGUAUGUAUAUUUAUAGUUAAGGUAGCGAUACGGUACUGGAAGGGCUCGGUUGACAUUUAGCUAACAGGCUAUUUGACUAGCUUAGCCAAAGCAAACCUAGCAGUGACCUGCAAAAAAGAGGCAGUGAGCACUUCACUGCCGAUUUUUUAGUUUGUUUUAACAAUGGCAGUCCCCGCUAGCGAGGCCUUUUUGAUAAAGGACGUGAAGCCCGGGUUGAAAAAUUUGAAUAUCGUAUUCAUCGUUCUGGAAAUAGGGCGAGUAACCAAAACGAAAGAUGGACAUGAGGUUCGCUCUUGCAAGGUGGCAGACAAGAGCGGGAGCAUCGCCAUCUCUGUCUGGGAUGAACCUGGCAACCUCAUUCAACCAGGGGACAUCAUCAAGCUGACCAGAGGCUAUGCAUCCAUAUGGAAAGGGUGCUUAACCCUAUACACUGGAAGAGGAGGAGAUAUACAAAAAAUUGGAGAGUUCUGCAUGGUGUAUUCAGAAGUGCCCAACUUCAGUGAACCAAACCCUGAGCUGAACCAAACAAACCAACAAAACAAAUCUGGUAAACCAGACCAGAAUCAGAGGGGGAACUCACCACCCAAUCAGAAUUCAGGUACCUCUGCCCCACCAGGUAAUGGUGCCAUGCCACCAUUUUCCAAUAACAACCCACCAGCUGGUGGCCCCCGCGACCCUGCAUUUGGAAAUGCUGGGCGACCCAAUGGUCGGGCGCCUGGCAACGGCGCGCCUCCCGCUUCAGUGACGGGACCACCAACAUCCGCUAAGUCCUCAGUUACCAUAAGCAAUGGCAGGGACCCACGCCGUGCCAAAAGAUGAAAUAGAGGUGUGGCUGGUUAGGGGACAUAUCGUGAGAGGAAAAUUAAGGACACCUGAACCCCCCCUGAACAUUUCUGAGCCUUGCAGAACAAGGCUGAGAUUGGCUUUCAAAAGAACAACUUCAAUUGGGCUAUUUACAUAAUUGUUAUUCAAAUGUGGUGUUUUUCUUUCCAUGCGUAGUGCAAGUAGUUCUCUCAGCAAAUAGCACAGCGUGGAUGUGAUCUACCACUUGUAUCGCCGGGCCUUGGUGGUUGAGUUGUGGUCAGCCUUCUCAGUUUUCACCUUUUGUCCUCUAAAUCACUGCAAAUUGCAAGUUCUGUGCCAGUGUUACCCCCCAAACACACACACUUACACACACAAACACUGUCCUCACUCCGCUCUUUAAACUAUACACCCUACUUGAACACUUGAUGCACUUUCUUCUCUUAAUUUAUGUCGUGGCAAACUUGGCUGUCAUUUAAAUCAGGAAAUCAGUUUCUGCUUUUUUUUUUCUUUAAUUUCAUUUUUAGUGGAAAAGGCCUUAAGAUAGUGAGAAUGAGUUCUUGGACUGAAUGCACAAGCAAAUUUCUUAAACGGUCUUCCCUCUCCUAGCCAAACUGUAUUCUAAGUGACUCUGAAAGGAAGGGUGUAACGGUGUUUUGACUUUUUAAACUUUUUUUUCUCCCCUCCUCCAAGACUGUUUUUGUUGUUUGCCAUCAAUUGUAUCUUUAUUAAGGUGGGACCACGUGAAAUACUGGCUUAAAAAAGGUUCACCGAAUAAAUUUUACAGUAAUUUUGCUGCCA